AGAAUUUAAACACUACGUUCAGUAAUCAGUUUAAACUUAGAAAAUCGUGAAUACAUACCGAAUAACCAUAUGAAACUGAAAACAGAAAUAUUCGACCGUUUUAGUUGUACUUAGUUAUAUUUCAGUUUCAGUCCAAGUUUUCCACACAACUCCCAAAGUUUUAUGAUCAACAGACGACAAGGAAGCUUAGAAUGCCUUUGGACCGGUUUAAUGUUGAAGUUAUUCAUCAUAUAAAUCCACAUUUAAUGUGGAUAAGUAUAAUUGGCGGUUCAAAUCAGGAAGAAAAUAUUGUUGAACAAGUUGGAGUCUUUGGAAUCGUGCCCCAUGAAAUAACUCUUGAUAUAGACACAGAAAAAUUAGUGAAGAUAAGAUGUGAUGAUUGGGUUGCAGCGGCUACCAAUUUGACGAAGGAAUAUUUUCAAGGAGCUACGGAGACUUGGUUCUCACCUCGAUAUAUUUCGAGAAGAGCUGCAAUAUCUGCGAGCAACAUUCACAUAUUUGGUGAAAUUACAAUCAAAACAGUUGAUGGAGGAUUCAAAACAUUGUCUGAUUGGCUUGUCAAUCUUGGCUUUGCCGCUUAUGAUGAAACUGCAUUCCAUUCGCAAUUGUUAGGGGGUCAAAUAAGAACUAUACCCAACAGCAAAGAAAUGCCAAUACUAAAAAAACAUUUAACAGAAUACAGUAAGAGAAAACAAAUAGUUAACAAUUAUAUCAAUAGUACUAAAAAUUCUGAUCAAACAUUGCAUCAUAAAAUGAGCUUGUCAAAGCAUAAUCUGGAAAGACAUAAUAAGAUGCAUGACAAUUUGGAAUAUGAGGAGGAUUUAAAAUUUCACAGCAUAUCAGAUGAUGGAAGUUCUGAUGAUACAGAGCUAUCUUACAAAAUUUCUCAAAAUAUUAAGCACACAGACAAUAAUGAUGUGAAUUUUAACAAAAUGGCCUAUUUUUUUGACAAGCUGAAGGAGUGUGAUGAAAAAUUGGAGGGAGUGGAUAGUGUCACAGAUGAUAAAUCUGAUUUAUCCAGUCAUAUUGAUACAUAUGAAAUAAAUGCUGAUGAACAAAGAACUGCUGAUAAAAAACCCACUAGACAUAUAGGUUUUCUUAGGAAAAUUCUUCAGUUAAAGAAGUCUCAGAAAUGUAAUGAAAUGAUACCUUCUAAUGGAAUGACAUUUAGUCAUCAAUCAUCUGGCAAUUUCGAAAGAUGUUUAACGGAUGGAAGUGAUAUGAAUGGAUAUAAAACAAAUAUCUUGGAAGAUGAGGUAACUCAAGAAAAUAACACGGAAAUCAAAUCAUCAAUGUUGAGGAAACAUAUGGAGAUUAUUAAUAAAGUUGUGAAGAAUCAGAACACCAUAGCAUCUGAUACAUCUAAACCAGUUUAUACAACAAAGUGCCAAUCAUCUAAAGAAGAAGAAGGCUCUACAUCUAAUGGAAGCUAUAUCAAUGACAAUGAAACAAGUUUCGCAAAGACAGAAGCUGAAAAACCUGAAAAGCAAUCAUCAGGGUUGAGAAGACGUUUAGAGAUUAUGAGCAAAGCUACAAAGAAUCAGAAAACUGCACUAACUGAUCAAACUGAAAAAGUGAACACGACAAAAUAUCAUUCAAUUCUUAAUUCUGAUGAUUGUAAAUCCUAUGAAUGCCGUAUUAAAAAGAAUGACCCAAUCAUCUCGGAAAAUGAGGAAAAGGCUCAAGAACAUUACACUGAAAUCAAAUCAUCAGCGUUGAGGAGACGUUUGGAGAUAAUCGGAAAAAUUACGAAAAAUCGGAACAAUGCAGUAUUGGACACAUCUGAAAAAGGUACAUCUGAUGAUGAAACAAAUGAGCUGAUUAAAAAAAUUGACCUUGAAUAUCCUAAAACUAGUCUUCUAGCGAAUAUAAAUAAAAAACUAGAUGAAGAUAAAGAUGCACUACAAAAUAACGUAAAGCUAUUAUCUUCUAAUUCUGUAGGAGGUAAUGUUUGGGAGAAGCUUAUCACCCACACAGUCAUGGUUCAUUCUAAAUCAAAAAAAGUUAAUCCUGUUUAUGCAAUGCGUGAUAUUCCGUUCAACGAGCAUAUUAAAAUUGUUCUCAAACAUUUAUCUGUAGAGAAAAUAAUGACAGUCCAGUCUAUUUCGUGGAAAACAAUAUUACGAGGACAAAGUUGUAUUUUAAUCGGUCCGAGGGGUAGUGGGAAAACUAUAGGAUAUUUGCCAAGCAUCUGUAGAUUAGUUACCGAUGGUACUCCAGAAGCUGAAAACAGUACAGGCCCCAUAGGUAUAAUUAUUUGUGCUACGGCUUUGUCAGUAGCGCAGGUGGAAACACUAGCGAAAAGGUUUGUAGGUCUUAAUGAUAGAGUGUUGUCUUGUUAUGCUGGAAUUGAUGACAUGACCUUAACAACUUCACUUCUCAAUGGAUGUGAUUUAUUAAUAUGUACUCCAUCUCCUUUAGUUAGGCUUCUACAAGCUACUGAAUUCGGCAUUGAUUUAAAACGCCUCAGAACUCUUGUAAUCGAUGACUGUGAGCGUAUUUUUAUGACGUAUAAUACCGAAGUUAAAUUUAUUCAGUAUAAAAUCAGGGAAGUCGAAAAAAAUAGGGCCAAUAAAGAAUUGAAAGUUCAGUAUGUACUUGCUUCGCGAAUUUGGUGUAAUUCUAUGGAGACUUUAGCGAGGCGGGCUCCUGAUACCGUCAUUAGUAUUAGUGCGUAUCAGGAAUGCAUCUUGUAUUCUAAAACAAAUAUGUCAGUUAGUUUGAUAAAAAAGGAACAUAAGGCGAAAUUAGUUGUUGAUUUCCUGAAAGAGACUGAUAUGAAGAAAACAGUGAUAGUGUGUAGAUAUAAUGAAGAAGUAGCGUUGCUUUCACAAGAACUAAAAUGUCUGAAGAGAUAUAUUUUCGCAUGUAAUGAUGAAAUGGGUAUAGGCGAAUUUUACCAACUCAGUUUAGCUUGGAAUGAUUAUGAGGAUCCACUUGUUGGCCCUAUUCUUAUAUGUACAGAUGAUAACUUGAGUCACUUAGCUAUAACCGACGCUCAUUACUUGGUACACUAUUCGCUACCAAAACUUUUGUCCAUGUUUAAUAAACGUUUCGCUGUACUUAUUCAAAACAUCCCAUCAAUAUUUUCGACUGAACAUAAUUUGCUUAAAAUAAAGGUACUUCUUGAUGAGCAGAAUACCGAGAACCUUCCGAAAAUACUUCAUUUCAUUAAAAGAUGUACUGAUAAUGUUCCAUCGUGUUUGGAUGACAUCUGCCAAAAGGUUAUAAAGAAGAAAGAUGUAGUUAAAGCGAAUAAUUUCAUUAAUAUUUGCGAUGGCCUUUUAAACGUAGGUCACUGCCCAGACACGUACUGCUGUGAAUAUCGUCAUACUAUUAUCAAGGAAUUCGACGAUACGAAAGAGUGGGUCCCAAAAAUGGGGACAAUAACAUUUAAGGUUCUGCACUAUCAUACAGCUGUAUGUUAUUCAGCGAGAGUUGUAUCCCACUUUAUUAAUAACGAAGAAAAGAGAUAUCCUGAGUCAUAUAAUAAACUAUCUAUAAAACUAGGAUUGUAUUUUGGUAAAAUGUGUAAUAGGAAGUUGCAUGGAAUUCCGAAGCCAGGUGAUGUAUGUGCAGUGUCGGUGAAUGUAAACUUUUUUGCUAGGUGCCAAGUGAUUAAAAUUUUGAGUUAUUGUCAGAGGGGUAAUCCAAAAUACGUUUUAAUUAAAUUGUUAGAUGAAGAAAAAUAUGAACGGACAAGAGAUAUAUACUUAUAUCAUUUACCAGAGGAAUUUAAACAUUUUGAAACCUAUGUAGUUGAAGUCAGGUUGGCAAACAUAAGGCCUAAAGAUAAGGAUGUGACUUUUUCGUGUCUGGCACAAAGGAAUGUGGAAGAUAUUGUUAAUAGUGAUAAAGAUUUAUAUUUAAGGGGUCAUGUAGCUGGUGCUAUAGGAAACUCUAUAUUUGUGGACAGUUUAGAAGUUUGCCAAAACUUGUCGUCUUUAGGCGAAGUGGUUGUAAGGCGUAAUAUUAAAAGUGUGUUAUUAGAAAAACAUGCGGAUGAUUUUCCGGAACAUUUGGUGGCAUUGAAAAAGCUAUGCGAACUCAAUAAUUUCCUGAUGACCGCAAAGAGUCCAAAAUUUGUAAAUACCAAGCAGAAAUACCUUGGCAGCUGGGCCCAUUUAGGCAUGAACGAUCUAUCUGACGUGUUCGUCUCAUCAAUUAUAAACCCCGAGAAAUUUUUUGUCCGACUUAGUAAAUUCGAGUCAUGUAUGACACUCUUACUUAAAGACAUUAAAAAAUAUAUUGAUUCAAAUCCAACACCUCUUGAAGAAGUAGAAGUAGGUGAUAUCGUCAUUGCGAAAUUUCCGGAGGAUUCUGUGUAUGAACGUGCUAGAGUGGAUAGUGUGAAUGAUGAUAGAAUUAAGUGCUUCUUUGUGGACCAAGGAAGUUGGUGCGUGUUGCCAUUACAAGGUAUUUAUCCAAUUACUGAAAAUAUUAUUAAUCAGUUGCCUUUUCAAUCAAUCGAAUGUCGACUUCUCGGUGUGCAAGCUCCGGGGAAUACUUGGACUGACUACAGUAUAAAUUGGCUAGACGAUAUUUGUAAGGACAUUGAUAAUGGGGAUCCAAAACAUUUAUUUGUGAAAUGUUUUGCAAAAGAGCGCACUGAAUUCACAGGUGGUAAUAAAUAUGUGAUUAAUUUGAUAGAUACGAAUACAGAACAAGAUAUAGUUAUAAACAAAUUAAUGAUCUCGCUGAAUUUAGCAAAAGCCACCGAAAAUGAAUUAAACUUAUUGAAUACAGUUGAUAGAAUGCAAGAUGAUACAACUACUAAGUCGGUGGUCGAUGAAGAGGAUUUUGAUAAAGUUGAAGUAACUCAAAAUAUAUCGACUACGACCACAUCUUUAUCAAAUGUCUUUUUGCCGAUACCAAAGCGCUCUGUGCCGUUGGUCGAAUCAGAUUAUGACUCAGAUGUAUCCGAUAAAUGGAACUUUAAUAUGAUUGAUGACUUUGGAUCGAUUUUUAAAUCAAAAUCUGGUAGUACACCCACUGAAGCAAAUUUACCAGCUAUAUCAUACAAGAACGACGCUAAGAGUGACGGUAAGAAGAAAAAACGCAGUGAAUUUGAAAUUGUUACGAAAACAGAUAACGAUUUAGAUUCCGUUGAUGUAUCGACUUUAGAUACAUCCAUUAGUCAAAUUAAAUUGACUCCAAUAAAUGAAACCCGAAAACCAAAAUUAAUAUGGCAUCAAACUAAAACCGAAGUGAAUGUGAAAAUACAACUAAUUGGUGUAGAAUCUUAUGAAUUGGAAAUCAAGGACAGAUUUAUUAAAUUCGAAACAUUUCUGAAUGAUACGAAAUAUUAUUUUGAAUUUGAUUUGUUCGCAGUAAUUAAUAAAAGACUGAGUUCGCAUUCGAAUAAAGGACAGUACAUUUACGUAAAGCUUAUUAAAGUCUUGCGUAAGAAUUGGUUGAGUUUGAUGAAAGACGAUGAUGAAAGGUGGGUAAUUUACGAUGCAGAUUCCAUUGACGUUUCGUCAGAUGAAGAAGAAGUGGAUAGCUCGGUACUCAAUAUUGUGAAGCAAAUGAUAAAUAAACAAGAAAGUGAUAGUGAUGACGAUGACGAUGACUUUACUGAUGAUGUUAGCCACAAAUAUAAAUGAUAGCUCUGUAACUUAUAAGACUGACUGACGGCGACAGAAAGUUAUGGAACAAAAGAUAAAGAUAAGCGUGAAAUUCAAAUAUUUUUAUUCAAAAUAGGAUAUGUUAUCACUUAUUGAAAGUCAAAAACUACCAUCCAUUCGAAAACGUAUGACUCAGACCUGAGAAGAACGGGCGCAAACUCAGCGGGCUUCUUUGUUUUUCAUUAAAAAAUACGGUUACAAUUUAAUAUCGUACAAUUCAACUUAUUAUUUAAUAGCCCGAGGGCUGUCGCUCCAUUCCCAAUCUGUGGUAUCAUUAAGAAAGUCUUUAUGUUAAAGUAACAUUUUUAACAAUUCUUUUGAAUUUCGUAUUUCAUUUGUUUUGAUCAUUUUCUGGGAUCUUCUUGUAAAAGCAUAUACAUAGUCCCACAAAAGACUUACUAACCCGACUUAGUCGAGUAGUAGGCAUUAUCAGUUUAUGUCUGUUCCUGGUGUUAAAAAGAGAAGGGAGACAUUGAUUUGCUUUCGUUUCUUUAAAAUAUGUGGACCGGGCCUAAGAUCUUUCCACUAUGACCUUACACUAAGUUACGAAGUUAUUACUUUCAUACAUUCUAUCUAGUCCGUUCAUAAGUUCUGUAGCAUUUUAUCAAAAUGCAUAUUAUGUCUUUUUUACUUUUAUCUGUCAUUUAUACAGACACGACACGAUCACUAAUAUAAGUUAGAUACCUUAUUGAAUCUAUAAAAAUAUAUAAUUCUAUAGGCCUAAAAAAGCACUGUUUAUCAUGCUAUUAUAUUGCCAUAAAAAUACAGUUUCUUUCGUGCCACAGACAAGGUUUGGUAGGUGCAUGCUCCAAAUUAAACCCAUAAACGCUCAUGUCCCACAAGACUGCGUUCAGUACGGGGUAUGUUCCUUACACCGUGUGCUUCCCUGGGGCAUAAAAAGAAUAGGGCAGUCCCAGGCCCAAGGGUGCCGUCUGAGGCGAUUAAUUGCAUUUAUCAAUGGGAGGCUCCUAUACACAGGAUGCCAGCUAGAUUAUGGGUACCAUGACGGAGCCUAUUUCUAUCGUGAAGCAGUAAUGUGUAAGCAUUACUGUGCGGUAGCUAGUGAAAUUACUGGGAAAAUGAGACUUAACAUCUUAUGUCUCAAGGUGACGAGCGCAGUUGUAGUGCCGCUCAGAAUCUUUGGGUCUUUCAAGAAUCAUGAGUGGCACUGCAUUGUAAUGGGAAGGGCGUAUCAAUUACCAUCAUAUGUACGUCUAUCUCUCUUUGAACUUAAGCUAACUUCCAAAUCGGUUGUGUAUCUUCCAUAUACGGAACCGCACUCCAAGAUUAUAGAAUUAGAUUAUAGGUUAUUUGUAAUUAUUAUUAUUAUUACCGGGUUCGAAUUCCGGUAGUUUCAAACAUUUAUAUGAUGAAUAUGAAUGUUUGUUUUAUAUUGUGUUCAAAAGUAAGUAUAUUGUAUUCAAUAUAUAGUUGUCUUGUGCCCAUAGUACAGGCUAUGCCUAGUUUGGGGAAGAUAAUUUGUAUAAAAGUGUGUCAAUAUUUAUAUAAUAUACUAGCUGACCCAGCAAACGUUGCAUUGCCGAUAUUAAAAUCGCGAUACAAAAGUAACUGUUGAUCGUAGAUGGGUGAAAAUUUGAAGUUGUAUGUAUUUUUUUGCUGACUCAUAAUCAAAUAAAUUUAAAAAAAAUGUCAAAAAAAUUAAAAGAAAAAAAUUGGCGUGGACCACCCUUAACAUUUAGGGGAAUUCAAAAUAGAUGUCCGAUUCUCAGACCUACUCAAUAUGCACUCAAAAUUUCAUGAGAAUCGGUCAAACCGUUUCGAAGGAGUUUAACUACAAACACCGCGACAUGAGAAUUUUAUGUAUUAGUUUAUAUUGAUAUUAAUAACCGCUGUUUUUGAUUAGGCUUGUAUAUUGGGGUCGCGUGUUGGAAUCGCGUGUCGUACAUACAACAAUGUACACACAUUGUUUUCAGGUCUGUGUAGCAAAACCGCAUCUCUAUUCCGUCUUUUGUUUACAGAAACGAUAAGGUGUUGUUAUACUAGAACUAGUUAUUCAAAGUGAACGCUUUGACUGGCAUUGAUGAACAGAUGAAGAGUGGUUGCUUAGGCGAUGUUUCUUGUUUGUUUCAUCCAGGGGCUGUGUCUUCUGGUGCUUUCGAAUGAGCAUCCCCGGAUAAAAAGUUAAAUAAGUCAAAACCAGUAAUGGUCAAAGUCUCUGUCUGUACGCUCAUUAGAAGCUUUAAAGUUUAAAAACGUUAAGUUCGUUACACACUUUCGUUAAUUAAAAGGGGAGCGUACCUGAAAUACGACACCCGCAAGUCUUUUUAAGUUUGGAUAUGCAUUUUUUUGGACAGUUUUUCAAUUAACUGAAUGACAGUCAUAGCGUGGCGUUGUAUUCAAAGCGCGGUUGAAACAAACUUUGCCUAGUAUAGCGUGGAGUCUAGUUGUUUAUUGUAUAUACGUCACUGGUAAUAAAAUUUUACUGUUUCGACUGUUUUGAUUGGUCUAGAAGUAAGUAAGAACUAUGUCACUAGGUAUGUCGAGUGUGUAGAUAUUUGACCCGUCAGUGUGGAAAGAAAAAAUACAAAAAACGUUAAAACUUUUAAUUACUCUAAUAGUGCCUGCGUGUCCAUGCGACACCUGGGCCGAAACCGAGUCACUCAUUUCAUACAAAUAUUCGAGCAUUUGUAUGAAAAACUUUAACGUAGUUAGACGAUCAUAAUAAAUACGAAAAUAAAAAAGAAACUUUGUUUUUUGUAUUAAUUAUGUAAUUGAUUUACGUAAUUAAUUAAACGCAUCCAGUAAUUACAAUAAUAAAUUUAUUGGAACAAUUUGACAAAACUAAUAAGAAUAAGGAAAAUUUAUUCCAUGCCACACAAAUAAAAUAACAAUCUAAAUACUUAAUAUAUUCCUAAUCCAAAAUUAACUAAAUAUGCUGAUUGGCCAAAGAAAACUGGCCUGGGUAACUAACUGUUGUAGUGCCAGUAAACACCAAAAAUUUUAAAAGAAAAAACAUAUUAAAAAAAUUACAUGGAACCCAUCUUUAAUAUAAAAAUAAUGUUAUAAACAUAAACACCUAAAAUACUAUGACUAUGAUAAAUGUGAUAUAAAAGAAAUAUAAUUAUUUAUAUUAAUCUAGUGAACAGUGUAUCUGCGACUAAGUUUGGUUCUUGUACUCGGUAUAUAUAUGAUUUUUAUAAGAAUGUUUGACAUACUGAUAUUAAUAAAAAUUUUGAAACUAUAUUGACAUGGUUCAAUCAUAAUAAUUUAUUGGCUAAUAUGACAAAAACUAAAUAUAUACAAUUUUCUAAUUAUAAAAAAAUACAUAAAGCUCUAAAUAUCGCACACAGUGACCAAACGAUUAAAGAAACAAACACAAUAAAAUUUUUAGGCCUUAUAUUAGAUUGCAAUUGUAACUGGAAAGCUCAAUGUGAUACAGUGGCAGGCAAUUAAUAAGUUCGUUUUCCCUUUAGGAAGGCACAGACAAACUGUAUCCUUUAAUGCUGCACUUACUGCAUACCACGGUUAUAUUGCGUCAGUUUUACGGUACGGGUUAAUACUAUGGGGAAACUCCACUAAUAUUUCAAAUGUUUAUCUGGCACAAAAAAAUCUAUAAGAACUUUAUGCAAUGUCAGUCCUCUAGAAUCUUGUAGACCAUUAUCAAAAAGCACCGUCUGUUAACGCUUACUGGUCUAUAUGUAUUAGAAAUUGGUAUGUUUUCAUUAAAAAACAUGGUGAAAUUUCUAAACCAGCAAAGGACUACUCCAUAUUUGGAUUAAGAGAUGCAACUCUCCUUCUGAUGCCAUACUGUAAAACAGCGCUUCAUCAAAAUAACGCAAAUGUUAUGUGUAUUAGGGUCUUUAACCACCUUCCAAAGAAAAUUAGAGAGAUGCCUAAAACAUUAAUGCAUAAAAAAUUAAAAUUAUGGCUAAUAGAUAAAUACUUCUAUAGUUUAAAAGAAUUAUUUAGCCAAAAAUAAUAGUAUUCAAAUGUUAUUUUUUGAGAGGACCUACAAACUAAUGUUUAUUUUAUAUUAUAUUAUUGAAUUAAAGCUAUGUAAUGUGUAUUAAUGACGUAUAAAUAUAAACAUUCCAAUAUUGAUAAUCAAAUAUUUGUAUGCCGAUAUAUUGGCGAAUUGUGCUGUACACCUAUUAAUUGUUAACAACUAUGUUACCACGAUUCAUACAAAUAAAUCAUUUUAUUUCAUUUCAUACAAAUGCUGUUUUGGGUUUCUUAAAGGUGGUGGUACAUUAUUCCAACACUUAGUCGCGUUAUAUUCAAAAGUACCUCUAAAAACGCUGUGUAGUGGUUUGGAAAGCUUUACAUGAUCUGUGACGCCAUGGUAUUAUACAGAUAAUUGUCUAUUGAAUUUAACUCUUUAAAAUGCACUAACAGACUAAGAAGUUUAAAACCAAUAUUUACUCGCGUGAUCUAGCUUUAAACCGUAUUACCGUGCGGCACGCGUCACAGUUGAAUGUAAGGAUGAAUACCAAUAGAUAAUAAAAACGCAUCUAGUCAUGUAGCUAUCUCUUUCGGUCACUCAGUUGUGUUCAUACUCAUAGACAACUCCUCGCACUUUCCAACGCACUAUAUUAUACGUUAUGUUUUUUAGUUUUCUAAUUCUUUUCAUUAAUAAUCAAACUAGCUGCUCGAACAGGCUUCGUUCUGUCAAAAGGUAAUAGUAAAAAUUAAAUAAAUAUAAUGUAAUUUCCGAGUGAUCCCGUUAUUUUUAUCUACGAGGAUUGAUUGAUUUAGGUAUAUACUCAUGCUUUCCCGGCCGGUACCGCCGCAACCGCUAAGGCCCUGCAUUUUAAACUUUGUUUUAUAUUAUGUAAUGAUUAGAACUAUUUAUAUUAAUACAUAUAUCACACUUCAUAUUGUCGAGAAACGGCUUCGCCAAAUGACGACUUAAUCUGUUUGAAUUUUUCAGUCGAGUGAAAUAACUGGCUAAGCCGUUUCGCCAUCGGAAAUUAUGUGUAAGCAGCCUUUUUUAUUUCGUUUUUUUUUGUUACUUAGGGUAAGUUGAUCUUUGUGUUUAUUUCGUCUUAAGAUAAUACUUUACUUAUUAUUUGUUACAAAUUGUUCUGUUAAGUUAGCACUGAGAAUUUAGUAUGUUUUCUAUUGCGGCUAUAGCCGUCUUCAUAAAGAAGCGUUGGUAUAUUUUUUGUUUAUAAAAUUUUAAGUACGAAAUUGGAUUUUAUUUCAGUAUCACAUGGCCAGCAAAAUUGGCUUAUUUUUUUAAUAAUCUCAGGAACCUUCCACCGACAUUUUUACGUGUCGAAACUCAACAAUAUUACUGAAAAAAAAUCAAAUACAAUCUUGGAAAUAUCAUCCAAUGUUGGAUGUUGUUAUAUCACUAGAUAUCAUAGACUUUUCAUUGUUAUUUAUUUAAGAAUUAAUGCUAGAGUAGGCCUCUCCCACGGAGACAUUUUCAACCAUUUUUGUUUUAAAUUUAUAAAUGUACUUGUCCACAACAUUUGUAUUCUUUUUUCUUAAUACUUUCGGAAGUAAGUCAAAAUGAUAGUUGCAUAUUUUCUUACAUCACCUAACAUUUUACAAUGUUAAGAUAUAAUUUUUUCUAUUUAAAAGAGUGGCUGAGUUAAUAAAUGGUUUUUGAUCUUGGCUUAAGGAUGACCUGUGUAUUGUAUAAAUGUUAUUACCUUUUUAUAAUAUAUUGUUGAAUAAUUUUUUAUAGAAGAGCACAAAGUGAACAUUGCUGUCGUUUUAAACAACACUCUGCGUUUCAUUGCAUGCAUGCAUGUCUGUGUCAUGAGUUUAUGACCUGUCUCCAGAAAAGAAGGCUAAGAUUUGUCAUUCAGUGUCCAUUUUCACUAACAAUUGUUUUAAGCAAUUCACAUUCCCUGAGAGCUCUUAAACCUUUAACGACAUUUUCAUCCAUUUACAAAGUUAAAAUGAAAUCGAAAACUAUUUAUUCACUGAGGUUAAAAAAUGACACCUCUGAAUAUCAAAGUUAUACAUAUUUUUGCGAUUUAACACCACCACAGAAGAGUUGAGCUUAUGAUGUUCUCAAAUAGUUAAGAAUACUCAUUGCCACUCUUUUAAAACAGUCAAAUCAAAUCAAAUCAUCUUUAUUUGCAAGAUAAGGUAAUAAUAAGAUGUUGUUGGCUUAUAAUUAACAGAUUCUCUUAUCCUAACCCAUAAGGCGUGCAAACAAACAGUGUUUACCCGUUCAGCAUAUUACAUAUAACUUCAGCAUAUUUUUAAAUAAAAAUACUCAAACUUUUAGGCUUGGAAGAAAAUAAAAUCAUAAAAACUGUUUAUCAUGGAACACACUGCAUAUCAAAAUGUUUUCAACAUAUGAUAUAAUUAGUUUAAGUUAAUAAAUAUUUACAUAAAGUAAAGUAA